UUUUCCCCUUAAAUAUAUUUGCAAAUUCCAUUCUUUGAACCAUCUCUCCAACUACCUCCACACCUUCACCUUUCAUAUCUGACACUAAGAGAGCAUUAUUACAAUUUUCUAGCUGCAGAUCAACAACCGGCUUAUGGCACAAGUUGUGGGAAUUUCAGUCACCUCAGUAGGAUAUCCAGCUGAGAAGACACCAAAAAGACUUCUAGUGAACCGUAUUACCUCUUCUUCAACUGGAGCUUUGAUGGUGAAAAAGACUAAAGUAGAUAGGACUAACAAACUUGGAGGGAAAGCAGGCAAUCUUGCAAAUGGCAUCCGAGAGCAUGUGAGAUUAGGGCCCAAGAUCGCUGAAACUGUAAAGGGCAAAUUGAGCUUGGGGACCAAAAUUCUCAAAGCAGGUGGAAUAGAGAAGCUUUUCAAGCACCACUUUAGUGUUAGAGAAGGAGAGAAGCUGCUAAAGGUUUCCCAGUGCUAUUUAUCAACAACAGCAGGCCCUAUAGCAGGCCUCCUCUUUAUCUCCACUGACAAGGUUGCCUUCUGCAGCGAGAGAUCCAUCAUAACCUCUUCUCCAACAGGCGAGCUUAGAAUUCACUAUAAGGUGUUGAUCCCAAUAGGAAAAAUACUGAGAGCCAACGAAAGCCAACACAUGAAGAGACCAUCACAGAAGUACAUAUACGUAGUUACAGAAGACAAUUUUGAUUUCUGGUUUAUGGGAUUCCUGAAUUUUCGAAAAACCUUCAAAUAUCUUCAGCAGGCACUCUCCCAAGAUCGAUGAGACAGCUUCAGUCACCGCAUAACACUAGAUACUAUUUUGUACAAAUUUCUUUACUUAGGGUUGCUAUGCUUCAAAGCAAGAGUAGUCUACUAGUACUCCCUCUGUCCCAAAAUAUUUGUCCGGUCUACAAAACAAGAAUGUAAAAAUAAUUCAAGUUUUGCAAGAAAAAUUUAAAAUUUUUCCAACAAUUUACUAGAUCUCGACGAGUCCUUUUAAUUUACAAAAGAAGUUUGAAUUUUUUCUUAAAAGAAAUGCAUUAUUUUUUAGUCCUCGUUUUGCGAACCGGACAAACAUUUUGAGACGGAGGGAGUAAUAUGUAUAGCCAGUUACAGAAUAUGAAAUGCAUGGUACCUUGGCAGCUAGCCGCUUUCCCUGGAAAGUUGUAUGCUAGUAGUGCAAAUGGAAUCCAUUGAGCUACUUACGUGGACAAUCUGUAAAUCAGAAAAUUUACUAUCAACAAGACAUCAAAAAUUUCUUGCUA